ACAGUUGUUGUUAGCUGGUGCAUUGCAUCUGCUGUCAAAUUCAUUCAUUUAUUUCGCAUUCGUACACACAAUCGAGUUGAUGUAGCUUUUUGUGUUGUUUUCAUUUUGAUUUCGGUUCGGUGCUUGUUUGAAAUAGAAAUUAAAACCAAAUUGUAUCUCAAAACAGUUGAAUGAAUUGUGAGUGGGCAUUACACUUUUAGUAAUCUAUUUGAAAAAGAAAAAAAAACGUCGACUAUGUAUUAAUUGUAAUCAAAAGCCAAGAGCAUCGACCAGAUAUGUUAGAUUGAGGUUUCUGCAAAAAAAAAGAAGAUUUUAACACCUCUGGCAUAGAUGACAUUUCAUAAAGAUCAUAUUCUAUCAUUCAAUUUGAUUUGAUGAAUGAAAAAAAAAAACGCGCGUGUGUUGCUUCACAAUAAUUCGGUGUUGUUUGUGUGUUUGUUAAUGUGUUGUGCAUGUGGAUUUGACCGGGUGGUUCAUUGGUCUGAAAUAGUUACGGUAUUUUGAAUGCAAUCAAGCAAUUAAGACGACAGUGACUGGGUGGUGAAAUAGCUGCAGCAGCAGCAGCAGCAGCCACAAAGUGAAAUUGAACCAAGCAUUUUGUGUGUGGGUUUUUCAUCGUCUAUCGCUCGCUCAGUUGAAAUAGAUGAAUAUUACAUUGUUGAUCCAUUUUGGUGGCAAAUACACUGAAUAUCUUUCAUUCAAUUCGUUUGCUCCACAACGACGAUUGUUAUUUGUUUUGCAUAGAAAGACACGUCCGGCAAAAAACCAAUUCCGUUGCUUGAAUUUAAACAAGAAAAAAAAAAGUGUUGUUCAAUCAUGUCAUCGAUUCCAUUGUCACGAAUUUUACAAACGAAAAAAGUCAAUGGCGAGGAACAAGCCAAGGAACAAUUCGACAAACAAAUGACGGUGAGCAUCAGUAAAGCGUUAAGCGGCUCUGAGCAUCCAUUAAAAGUGAAACAUGCUCGAGUUGCGAUCAUCGGCACAUUUCACAGUCGCGGUGCACAUUCCUUUUGGGCCGUUGCUUUGCGUCAGCCACUGCAAGAAAAUAGAAUAACAGCAUGGAAGUUUUGUUAUUUGUUACAUAAAGUAUUACGCGAGGGUCAUCAUUUGUGCUGUCAGCAUUCGAUGCGACACAGGUCAAUGUUAACUGAGCUUGGAAAAUUAUGGGGCCAUUUAAAUGACGGGUACGGUGUGUGCAUUCGUCAUUAUACAAAAUUAUUGGUAAACAAAUUGGAAUUUCAUGACCGAAACCCGAGAAUUCCGCCCAAUUUGACGAUGAAGCGCGGCGAGUUGGAGCAAAUCGGUGGCGGUGACAUCAAUUUCUACUUUCAGAUGGCCGUCGAAAUGUUUGACUACCUGGAUGAUAUAAUUGCAUUACAAGCGACAAUAUUCAGUUCGAUUACAACAUUCCAUGUGAAUUCAAUGACAUCGGCUGGUCAAUGUCGGCUGUCGCCGCUAAUUCCAUUGAUACAAGACUCAAGCCAACUGUACGAUUUCUUAGUUAGAAUCAUGUUUAAAUUACACUCAAAUCUACCGAACGAUGUGCUAGCAGGUCAUCGCGAUCGUUUCCGGACGAUUUUCACGCAACUCAAAACAUUUUAUAAUCAAUCGCGAAAUUUACAGUAUUUUGUAAAUUUGAUUACGGUUCCAAAAUUACCGGAGAAUGCACCGAAUUUUUCAUCACAAGUCGAUUUUGGCGCGUAUACACCACCAGUUGUGGUCAUACCUGAAUCAGAACCAGAACCCUUACUGGAUAUGAGCAUGCCCACAUCGUCGACACCAUCACUUCAAGAUGACUCACCUCAAGAUCCACCAACACCUACCAUCAACUUUGAACGAUUGAUUCGCGAACGUGACGAACUAAUCCUCCAUUUGCAGACGGAAGUCGAUCGCUUGGGGAAAAAUCUCAAAGCGGCCGCUCUACACAAGCGCGAUGAACAUGCUCAUUAUGAGGAGACGAUUGCAUCUUUGAACUCGCAAUUGAGUGAUGCCCAUGAGCACCUAACCAAUAUGCGAUUUGUGAAAGAAGAACUGGAGCUAAAGGCUCAAUCGGUGGAAAAGAAUCAGGCUGAAGAAGAGAAAUUGAAAGCGAGUGAGGAAAAAUUCCAAAAACUCAAAGUGAUGUACGCUCAAAUACGAGAUGAACACGUGAAAUUGUUGCGACAACAUGGUGAUGUGAGCAAACAGCUGGCCUCAUCAACAAAAGUGGCCAGUGAUGCGACGAAAGAGCGUGACGAUUUGAAAAUCCAAUUAGAAGAAACACUGUACAAACAGACCAAACUGGAGGAAAGUGUUCAGCAAAGCUCAAACGAUGUCAAAAGCGCCAACGAUGAGCUACAGCGUCGCAUAACACAAUUGGAAAAUGAAAAUUCUGCCUUAUCCGCCAAAUAUGACGAUGUAAAUGCCAAUAAAUCCGCUGAAGUGGCCGAACUUCGUGUCUUAUUGGAUCAAUACGAAAGUGAAUUGAAAUCAUUGAAAUCGUGGUCCAGCACGAUCAGCACCGAAAAAGAGGAAUUGGAUGAAAAACACCAAAACAUCACCACAGACAAUGCAAUGCUCUUAGCAAAAGUGCAAGAAUUGCAAAAUUCAAUACCUGAACUUGAGGUGAAAUGCGACAAUUUGGCCGAAAAAGAGCAACAACUUCGCGAGGUUAUUGAACGUUUGGAAGGCGAAAAGGCUGAAUUGAUCGACAAUCAAAACGAAUUAGUGACGGAACGUGACAAUUUACUAAUGCGAUGCGAAGAAUUCACGCAAACCAUCUAUGAGUAUGACGUUGAAAAGAUUACAAUGGCCGGCAAAAUGGAAGAAAUGCAAAAUAAACUUGAGAUGAUUAAUUCGGAGAGUGAUCGAAUGCAAAAUGUUAAACAAACGAUUGAAUGUGAUUUACAUGAUUUACUCCUUGAACAGGACGAGUACAAUGAAAAGUUGUCGCAAACGAAUAACACUAUUCACACACUGGAAGAGGCGUUGAAGAAUGCGCGCAUUAGUGGUGAUGCACGAAUCCGAGCGCUCAUCGAAACGUGUAUUAAAUCAUCGGAGAAAAUUGUGACACGAGCCACGGCAGAGAAUGAUGUAGCCGUUGCUGCUGGCACUUCAGCUUAUUUCAUGCUCUUCGGUGAAGAAUUAACCGAACUUCUAAGCGAAAUAUCAACGGCUCACACCAACUAUGUGGCCGAUAGCUACAAUAACGUGGAGGAACUCGCACGCAAAUGUAUUUUGAUGGGACAUUUAAUGGGCACCGUUUACAUUCAGGGCAACACCAUUUGCAAAACAUCGGCCAACAUCGAACGCGGAGAGAGAAUCAUGGAUGAAAUCAAAAAAUGGAACACAAGUGCAUUGGAAUUGUUUGCCGCUUUACUCUCGACUCAGGAUUCUAAAGAGGUACAGCGUCGCAUUGAUGACGUCAAGAAUAUGUUGCAGAAAAUUACAACGAUGAUCCAUGAGCUAAGCAAACAAUCCGAGAGCGGUGCGGAUAUCGGUGAGAUUAUUGAACGUGAACUCAGCGGCAUGGAUAAGGCCAUCGAAGAAGCAGCCAGCAGAAUUGAGGAAAUGUUAUCCAAAUCAAAAGCUUCCGAUUCAGGUAUUAAAUUGGAAGUCAACGAGAAAAUACUAGAUGCCUGUACCGCACUGAUGAAGAGCAUUCGGGAAUUGGUGAAAAAAUCGCGAGUACUUCAAGCGGAAAUUGUUUCGCUGGGCCGUGGAACGGCGUCAGUAACCGAGUUCUACAAACGCAACCACCAAUGGACUGAGGGCUUAAUAUCGGCCGCAAAGAAUGUCGCCCAAGGCGCCAAUUUCUUGGUGACUGCUGCCAACAAGGCGGUCAGCGGUGAAUCAAAGAAUCAAUUGGAUUUAAUUGUGGUGGCGCAGGAGAUAGCCGCCUCAACUGCUCAGUUAGUGGUCGCUAGCCGAGUGAAAGCACCAAAAGACAGUCCAAAUUUAACGGCACUGGGACAGGCAUCACGGAAUGUGACACAAGCGACGGGCGCCGUGGUGGCCACGGCCAAAGAUUGCGGUCAUCGUUUAGAAGAAUCACAAGAUCUUGAUCUAACCAAAUUGACGGUACACCAAGCGAAAACGCUUGAGAUGGAAAUCCAAGUGAAAGUAUUAGAAUUGGAACAAGCUUUACAAAUGGAGCGUUCACGUUUGGCCUCAUUUCGUCGCAAGAAUUAUCACAAUUGACCAGCAGCUAAAAUCCAUUAAAAUCAAAACAAAAACAAAAAAAGAAACCAAAACCAUAUUGUAACAUUUCAGGCACAGAAACAAAACAUAACGAAAAAGAAUUGUAUAUUUUAUAGAAACGAAUUUCAGCAUUUAAAUAACACAAGUAGAACUGAUCUACUGAGCAAUCGAUGCAAGUCAAUCGUUUGCUUUUUGUGACAAGAAAAAAAGAAAUCCUAAGCAGAAUCAAAAAAGACACCGAGUGUUAUUGCUCAAGUGCUCAACACACACGCAUAAUUGUAUCAUGAAUAGAAAUUGAAAAGUGCUUUUUUUCACUGUUUUGCAAGUAUUAUUAUUAUUGUAAUCAAUUUGAAUGUAGGCUUAUACAAAGAAAAAUGGAUUUGAUAAUGAUGAUGAUGAUUUUUUUUCUACGCUGGAUACUGUUGAAUAUUUGUAUUUUUUUUUUUUUUUUGAUUAUUUUCUCUUUGUGACUCCUUUUUUUACCUUCUUGAACAAAUUAAUUCAAUUGAAGCAUCAAUGUUUUCCUAUUUGUAUCUCAAGUUUUGAGAAAAUAUAUACGAUGAAACAUGAUUGAAA